GGUCAUUUCCGGUUUCUUGUGCGACGCCGUUCGCCAUAUUACUUUAUACGCCUUCACCAAGGACGCCAUUUUCCAUCAGCAAUUGCAGAAGAAGGAGAAGUGACAAUGAGUGGGUGUCGCGUGUUCAUUGGCCGCCUGAGCCCCCACGCCCGCGAGCGCGACGUGGAGAAGUUCUUCAAGGGCUAUGGGCGCAUUCGGGAGAUCAACCUGAAGAACGGCUUUGGAUUCGUGGAAUUUGAUGAUCACAGAGAUGCUGAUGAUGCAGUUUAUGAACUGAAUGGCAAAGAACUUUGCAGUGAGAGAGUAACGAUUGAGCACGCACGGUCCCGCAGAGGGAGGGGAGGUGCUGGAAUUGGGGCAGGGGGUGGACGCUUUUCACCACGGUUCAGUACCUAUCGCCAGUCUCGCAGCAGUGGUUCCAGAUAUGGCCCACCUGUGCGUACAGAACACAGAAUCAUCGUGGAAAAUCUGUCAUCCCGGAUCAGCUGGCAGGACCUAAAAGAUUUGAUGAGAAAAGUUGGAGAGGUCACAUUUGUGGAUGCCCACAGAACAAUCAAGAAUGAAGGGGUGGUUGAGUUUGCAUCUCACAGCGACAUGAAGAAUGCCAUUGAUAAGCUCAAUGGGACUGAAUUGAAUGGACGCAAGCUGAAGCUUUUUGAGGAUCGAAAGAGAAAUCGGAGCAGGAGCCGCUCUCGGUCUCGCAGCUACUCUAAUUCCAGGAGCCGCUCCCUGUCUCGGUCUCGCUCCAAGUCCUUGAGCCGAAGCCGAAGUCGCAAUCGCUCAGGGACCCGUUCCCGCUCUGUGAGCCGCACCCCAGAGAAGAAGGGCUCUGGCAAAGCUGCACCUCGGUCUCCCUCCCGCUCCCUUUCACGCUCCAGGUCUCGCUCCUGCUCAUCUGUCCCUGAUCAGAAGCUGAGUGGUUCUCGCUCAUCCUCUGCUGAGAGCCAGGAGUGAGGGGGGGAAAGCCCUUCCCUGUGUGCUGGAGCAAGGGCUGCUAUCAGGUGUUGAGUGGAUAGACUGAGAACAGAUGCUCUAAAUAUGUUAAUUUUUUUUAAAUUUUUUUUUUUUUAGUUGGCAAUGGUGACACUUCUGCUGGCAUGUGAUUGUGCCACUGCAGUCCACAUUUUUUUUUUUUUUUUUAAUUUUAACCCUUAAUUCUAAUCUAGGUGGGUCAUUCCAUAUCCCGUAGUUUUUAUUUGCUCGGUUUGCCUUUUUUCCUCCUCUCUUCCUCUUAUCACAUUCAGCAUCCAGCAAUGUAUAAAAAUCUCUUUUGUUUUUUGAUAAACUUGUGAUGUUAUUUAUACAGCCUAUUGGUUGCAGUUUUGUUAAAUUUCCAUAUUGCAAAUGAAAAUUCUUUAUGCCCUCCUAGUGGCAUUUUGUUUUGCUGUUUCAACAUGUUAAUUUUUAGAUGUCCAAGGUCAAAAGUCCCACUGCUAAUUGGUUUCCCUUGUUGGCUAUUUUUAUGGUCAUAUGGUCUUUCCUGCCCCCCUGCCUGAAUUUUUUUUUUUUUUCGGCAUAAGGCACGGGGAGAGGGGUGACGUAAAUAGAUUAUGCACUUGGUUAACAUUACAAUUAAUGUUGUACCUAGUUGUCAUUGUAUUGUCCCAUGAGUAAGCCCUCACUGUGAGGUCACAGUAAUUUUUGAGUUGGGUUCAGAUUUAGGUAUGAUUUGACAGUUGACUUGUCUUGCAUUUAUUCACCAUAGUAUGGCAGGGGAUUGGCUGCCUCUGGGCUUUGAUAUGCCCAUAGUAACACUUGUUGAAGAUUGGAGGGUCCUACUAGAUGUGGGAGAUGUAGUUGUGGAUUUGUUGAAGGCUGUUUCAGCAAGUACUGUGGUGAUCUGCUUGGGCAGUGAUUAAAUUUGAAGUUGUCACACACCACAUGAAUAAUGUCUGCUUUAUAGCACACUUUCUGCUGCUUAUCUGUAGUUAACUUUGUUUAUCCGGUGCUUGUGAAACUACAUGAAAACUGUCCUGGACUGUGUUGUCAUGCUGUACAUUAGAGCAUUUAGUUUAUUGUGGAGUUGAUUUAAUAAAAUAAAAUGAGUUGGUGUCUGUUUCUUGCCAUCUUGGAAAGGAUGUUUUAGCUGAAUUCCAAAGGAGUAGUGAUAUCCAUCCUUUGAGGCUUUUUUGCCAUGCUUACAGCAGCUGUUUUGAAGUAUUUUUAGCCUUAUGUAGCCCUACUUUUUAUUUCUUGUACCAACUUGGAUUUCCAGGAGGUGGUGCUGUACACCUAGUUUUGAUGCACUGCCCGCUGGUUACAUGAAUCAACAUGUUGGUCAGCAUAUGAGAAAAGAAAGGACAGAUGUCCAACUAAACCCUACAUGCAUACUGCAGUCCUUUAGUGCCUUCACAGCAGCUUAAAAAAAAAAAAAAAAAUGCAGUAUUGGAAAUAUUUGGCAUGGGUGAGAACUCCUGCAGGCUGUGAAUUUUUCCAGUUGCUGGUAGUGCAUAGAGCAAGCACUUUUAGGUUUAUGGAGGAAGGAAUUAAAGGAAUUUUGAAUGUGAUAAUUUGACUGAAAUUAUGCCUAAAUGAUUAGGUACAUAUUUCAUUGAACUGUACAGAGGAUGAUGUGUAAUUCAUAAUACAAAAAAAUAGCAAGCAUCAAAGAAUUUAAAGAUGAAGAUGGUAAGCUUAUGAUGCAUAUGGGGUAUAAUGUCAUUAAGAGUUAAUAUGGAUUCUUGGCUUUUUUUUUUUUUCUUCCCUUUUCAGUAUCUCUACAUGAGAGUGAACUUGCUGUUCUGCCAAGAAAAAAAAAAUCGAUAAUUUGUCAAUGUAAAAAGUGAUGUCAAAAAUAGUUUGAAAUUACUUCUGCUCCCCUUUGAGAACAGUGGGCAGCAACUCAAGGCCUGACCAAUGUCCUGUAUUAUGGGAGUCAUUCCUGUGAAAACCCUUGGCAACAGCAGGAUCAUCAUCCAUGAAACUGGAGAAGCUGUCCUUUUGUCAUAUCAAGGUUCUCUUGCAGGAUCACAUUCUACCAUUUAAAAGGUGUAGAACUACCACCUGCUAGAAAAUAAACAUUUUAUAGAGC